GAGAGAGAGAAGGGGAGGGCAAAUCAGCCUCAUAAAUCAUUGAUCUGCUUGCUUUAUACUCAGCAUCUUGGUGAGAGUUUUCUCACAGGUGUGCGCUUGCUCCUCGGGAUCAGCGGUAACAGGACAUGUUCACACUGACACAGUGAAAAGUGAAGGACUAGGAGACAGGAUUGCGGAGUAGAGUAUAUACAUUUGCGAAUACUGCCCCAUUUGGCGCACUCAGAAAACAGCUAAUGGAUCCAAUUGUUGAAGUGGUGGCCCUGUUGCUGGGGUUUUUGGGCUGGGUUAUGGUGGGGGUCGCCAUACCAAACCGCUACUGGAAGACCUCCACCGUGGACGGGAAUGUCAUCACCACCUCCACUCUGUAUGAGAACCUAUGGAUGUCGUGCGCUACUGACUCGACCGGAGUGCACAACUGCCGAGAGUUCCCCUCCCUGCUCGCGCUCUCUGGUUAUCUUCAGGCAUCGAGGGCUCUUAUGAUCGCCUCUGUGGUUCUCGGCACAUUCGCCCUGGUUGCCACACUCAUAGGCAUGCAGUGCUGCAAAGCAGCUGAAAACAGCCCUUCUCUCAAAGGCAAGCUUGCUGGAACCGGAGGUGUCUUCUUCAUCCUACAGGGCUUGUGCACAAUGAUAUCUGUGUCCUGGUAUGCGUUCAACAUCACCCAGGAGUUCUUCAAUCCACUUUACCCAGGCACAAAGUAUGAGUUAGGAGAGGGACUGUACAUUGGAUGGUGCUCUGGGACUCUUGCCAUCUGUGCUGGAGUGUGUCUAGUGUUUUCCUGCAAAACUAACACAGAUGAAAAGCCUGCGUAUACAUAUCAACCCUCCAGAGGAACCAUAUACUCUACAGGAGCAGCAUCGAGGAGAGAUGCUCCAAGCACUUAUGACAAGAAUGCAUACGUCUGAUAAAUGAUCAAACAGACAGCCAGACCAGUACAGGUCAAUUCAGUGUGAAAAAUGAUAAAGACCCCCAGCUUGUUCAUUUGUUCAGAGUGCAAAUAUGUAAAUAUGUAGACUUGUACAAGACUUGGAAGCAUUGUAUAUUAGUUGGAAUCAAAUUGUGAAGCUGUGCCAAUUUUAUGCCAAUACUUGAAGCAACUCAACUUAGAGAAUACCUGAGUUAUUUUUAAACCCACAUAUUUUAAAAUCUGUUAUACAGAAAUGCCUUGAAAUAAUGCUACUUUUAUACAAAUUUUGUAUUAUUUUAAAUUACACAUUCAUAUUUACAAUGUACAGGAAUACUGAUGCUUUUUUAUGUGAUUUUGUAAAAGAACAGUUGUUCACAGUAUAGAUGAAGAAUCUUGAUUGAAUUAUUUGUGAUAUUUAUAAUUACCUGACACAUUCACAUGAAUGAAGGUCAAAAAUUCAUAUUGA